AUGCGGUCCGUUGUCCUAACCUUCCUUCUCGCAGGUGCAGCUUCGGCUUUCGUUAUUCCUUUUAGAUUAGCUCCAGCUCCAGUUACUAAUAUCACUACAGGAGGAGCACCGCUUGCUAUGGAUGCUGCCGACAUGAUCGUUAUCCCAAACACUGACAUCGGCCAAGCUCUCGAAGUCCCAGCUUCUAUAGCUUCCGUAGACGGUGUUGACGGCGUCCUAGGCCUUGCUUUCCAGUCGAUAGCUGAUGGUCACGCUCUACCUCCGAUAGCUAGAGGAAUUCAACAAGGUGACAUCGCUGACUCUCUUUUCUCAAUUUGGUUAGAAGAGCUCUGGCAGACAUCUGAUAACGGUACCGCUGGUGUGAUUUACUAUGGAGGUAUGCGACUAUGUCGUGACAAUAUCAUGACUAAAUAUAUGUGA